CCCUCUUUGUGCAGUCGCUCUCAGCUACACAAGCGGUCAUGUUCCACAAGAAGAAGCCUGAUCCUAAAGCCGCGGCGAAGGAUGCUAAACGGGCGGUUCGGUCGGGGGAGCGAGACCUGGACAAGGAGAUACGGAACCUUGACAGGAGCGAGAAGUCGCUGGUAGCGGAGAUCAAGAAGACUGCCAAGGGCGGGAACCAAGGCGCAACUCGAACACUCGCGAAGCAACUUGUGCAGCUACGAGCGCAAAAGGAUCAGUUGUACUCGGCACGGGCCAAGUUAGCGGGAGUGGGGAAUGCAGCAACAACGGCGGCGACGUCAGCUUCGCUGGCCGGGGUUAUGGGCAACGUGGCGGGCGUGAUGAAGAAGGUGAACGAGGCGGUUAGCACGGAGGAGACGGCGAAGAUCAUGCAGCAGUUUGCCGUGGAGAACGAAAAGAUGAACAUGUCGGAGGAGAUGAUGGACGACGCGCUCAUCGACGCGUUUGACGGCGAGGGUGUAGAAGAGGAAGCGGACGGAGUCGUUGGCCAGGUGCUCGCCGAGCUCGGUCUGGAGAUGGACGGUAAGAUGGUGGACGCCCCGACCAACACCCCGGCCGGCGUGGCGAGACCAUCGGAGGCGGAGGAUGCCAAGCUGGACGCCAAGACCGAGGAGUUGUUAGCGCAACUCGGCGCUCUCUGA